AUGGAAUUCUUUGCGGGGAAGGCGGAAGCUACAAGAAUGUUUCAUGAGUCCCACUACAGAACAGCCAAAUUGGACAUCGAGUACAUGCAGCCAAAACCAAACGAGAUGAACCCAAUGGAUUUGCUGUCAGAUGCGGGCAUGGGGUUAGCUGUAUCCACGGUGCUUCUUGGAGAUCACAUAAAUGGAUUUGUCUCUCACUUCGGCUUGAAGUGUAGCAGCUUUUCCCCUGUCAAUGCUGGAACCUCUGGUAGAACUCCCUGCACUCCCUAUGGUAAUUUUCAUUACACUAGUGUGCUUGAAGGGAAUUGCCUCGCCAGUCGGGUGGUUCUAUUGUUGGCGCUGGUGGUUUGUCUCAAUGGGACAUUCAUACUUGAACAGCCUGGCAAUAGCAUGUUUGAAUACUACCAGCGCUUCAGAGACUUUACCCAAAAGCUGAUGGAAAUUGGAGGCCGUCAUACCGUGCAACGAGUGGGCUGGUGGAUGGCUAUGUAUGGUGGUCCCACACCUAAGCGGCAUGUUGCCUACAGCAAUAGCCCUGCGAUAUCAAGGAUCAACCUGGGGCGACUGGAGGGUUGGGAUCAGAAAAUGAAAGCCCAAGAAGCGGCUGGAGCCCCACGGGUGCAAACUUGUAUCCAGUACUUUGAUAAAAAGAACCAACGCCGCUACAAAGGGGCACCAGCUCUUAAGGCCAGUGAGAAUUAUCCAGCUGACUUUGGCAAGAAGUUGGUCAUGAUCUAUGAUGAUCUCAUCGCCCAGAAAUCAGGAUUACCUGCACUACCCAAAGAUUUGCCCUGUGCAAAGGAAACCUUCGCCAGCAUGAGUUAUGAUGAUCUGUGGCAGGAAGCGGACGUAGUUUCCGUUUGCCACUGGCUCAGAGGGGGAAGGGAUGUGUCCAUUCCAAAGGACUGGAAAGACCUUCUGCCCAAAAAACUUUAA